UACUAGUCACAGAUCACUUCACUGUCAAAUAUAUAACUAUUAAUUAUAGAUGUUUGUAUAUUUCCAAAAAAAAAGAGUCAAGCAAAUAGCGUUAGAUUUUGAAAAUGUUUAGUUUCAAACUUUUAUCCUGUUUAAUAAUUGGAACAUUAGUUCUAAUGCUGAUUACCCGCCAUGUGGAAUCUAAGGAUUUGCCAUUUUGUGCCCAGUUGCCAAAUGUUAAGGCCAAAACUGAAGCUAUAAAGAAUAUGAAAGAUGAGAGUCACUUAAUACCGAAAACUGUUCCACUUUCAGCCAAGCAACAAAAGGAUGCUUCACAGGAGCUUAAUGGUAUGAACGGAGAUAAUAAAUAUUUUGAUAAUAUGCCCAUUUUGGAUUUAAAGCGUGAGUUUUCCAGCGAUGAAUCGAAUCCUUAUAUUGAAAAUGUCCGUCAUCGUUAUGAAAUCUUGGCUGGUGGCUAUGCAGAUAUCGUACGUUAGUCACACUUAAAUCACAACUAUUAUAUUUUCUUAACUAAGGCAAUACAUACUGUGAAUUGAA